AUGCUAGGCGACUUCCCCUUGGACGGUAAGAUUGUGGUCAUCACCGGCGGUGCCUCAGGCAUCGGCCUCGCUUUUGCCAAGUUGGCCUUGGCAAGCGGCGCCAGGGUCAUCAUCGCCGACCUUGCCCUGUCACCAGCAGCCGAACCCCUCGUGCGUAACGACCCUAACGUCCGCUUCAUCAAGUGCGACGUCCAAGAAUGGGAUAAUCUUGAAGCUUUGAUUCCCUUCGCUGAGAAGGAGUUUGGUGAUGUUCCAGACGUUUACGCCGCCAACGCUGGUGUUGGAGAACCUGAAUGGUCGAGUUUCUGGGGUGACCGUGAGACUAAAAGAUAUGCCGAGCUCGACAUCAACCUCGGUCAUCCCAUUAAGCUCAGCCGCAUCGCGAUCCGGGCAUGUCUCCGGAAGAACAAGAAAGGCGUCGUCAUUGUCACAUCAUCCAUCGCAGGAGUCAAUGGCCAUUUCGCGACGGCUCUCUAUGUUGCAAGCAAGCACGGAACGAUUGGACUUAUCAAGAGUCUGGCCAAAGCUGAAACUGAAGCCCAGGUCAAAGUUGUCGGAAUCUGUCCUGGACUUGUCGAGACGCCUCUUCUCAAGAGCAUUAUGGAGAGCCAAAACGGAGAUGAAACUAGCACCGUCCUGAUAAAGCCGAGUGAGAUCGCCGAGAGGAUGAAGGACCUGAUUGAGAAGGGAACAUACCGUGGGGGAAUGGCUUUAGCAGUGGCCAGGCCAGGAGACGCGACCAUUGUGGCUGAUGGAUCGACCAGUUUGCUUGAGGAUCUACUACCUUCUGAUCUGGAGGUUAUGAGAAAGAUUAUUGCAGCUGAGAGGGGAAAUGGUCCCGGAGUAGAUGGGGGUCAACAGCUAUGA